GCUGUAUUCGGGGGCGUGGACUUGCUUUCCUCGCUGCCGGAGUACAUUUAUCAACAAUAAAGGUUGGUGUGUGAGUGUGUGCCCAGCAUGUCAAAGAGCCCUCCUCACAGGCGUGGGAUCACGUUCGAGGUGGGAGCGCAGCUGGAGGCGAGGGACAGUCUGAAGAACUGGUAUGCAGCUAGCAUUGAGAAGAUCGACUAUGAAGACGAGAAGGUUUUGAUCCACUACAGGCAGUGGAGUCACCGUUAUGAUGAGUGGUUUGACUGGAGCAGUCCAUACCUCAGACCCGUGCAACGAAUCCAGCUUCGAAAACAAGGUCUCCCUGAACGGCAGAGCGCUCCAGGCUUUCAUGUCAACCAGAAAGUUCUUGCCAGCUGGUCAGACUGUCGGUACUACCCUGCUAAGAUCCUGUCCCGGGACAAAGAUGGUUUCUACACAGUGAAGUUUUUUGAUGGAGUCAUAAAGACAGUGAAGGGGAUUAAGGUGAAGCCGUUCCGCAAGGAGAGCUCUGAAGGCAGGACUAAUCAGCAGACUCGAAAGCGGGGCGAUCAGAACGGGAAAAAAUGGACGACCAAGGAGAACGGCAACAGCAGAAGUAACAGCUCGAGACACAGCACGUCUGACCAGGAUGGAGAGAGCGAGUCGGAGGAGGAUGAAGAAGACGCCACAGUGAUGGAUGAGUCCAGAGCGCUCCAAAAUGGUGGAGAGAGUGAAAGCACUGAAACGAAGAUAUUGAACGAAUCCGAGCAGAGUUCUGCAGAGCACAACCAAAAACAGCCCAGUGAAGAAAACAAGACCGAACUGCUUGAGAAUGGAGAAUCGAACAAACCAGAGGAGAAAGAGAUGAAUGGAGGACAGGAGGAGUCCAAAGCACUUCAAAAUGGCGUGGACAAGAACGACGGAGACAAGAAAGAGAAGGAAGAAGCAACAGAUGAAAGCACCGGUCUGCCCAGAAGGACACGGAGUAGGAUGGCAGAUGGAAUAGAUGUGGAAACGUCCAGCGGUCCAGAACUGAGGAAGAGACGUGCAUCAACAGGACAGAUGCCACCGUCCAAAAGGAGCAGAGCCAAUUCAAGCACAGACAGAAACAGUCAAUCCCAGAUCAAACCGGUUAAAUCAGACCCUGUCCCAGAGACUUUAGAAAGUAAGGAUGGCCCAACCAGUCAUGCAGAAAAUACAGCACCCAAAGAGGAGGCAGGAUCCACACCUGAUCUUGAUGCAGCAGUCAAACAGCCACAAACAAUCCACCUUCCAACCACAAACAAGUAUAGCAGAGAACCAUUGUACAGGGUCAUCAAAAACCAGCCGCCCCCUAUCCUGUCCAUUGAGCUGGACCACAACCUGUUCAAAUGCAAGAUCGCAGGCUGCCUCAAGUCUUUCCGCAAGGCGUCCCUGCUGCACUACCACAUGAAGUACUAUCACGCACAGAGCGACCCAAGCCCCCCUCCCUGCGCCCAGACGCGCUCCUCAGACAAACAGAUCCACAGCAAGGAGACCCCUCGCAGGCGCCGGACCGUCUCGGCUUCCCACCAUACUCCCUCUCCUCUGAGUGACAGUAGGUCAGGUCGCACUCUGUCGCCCCCUGCUGUCGCCAUGCACCGGCAGCGCUCGGCCACGCUGGGCGCAGAGAGGAGCAAAGAGAACCAACACUUCAACUGCUCGCUGCAUGACGACAGAGACUGGGUUGCCAAGGAAACAGGAGCGAAAGAACGGGAGAGGCUGAGGGAGAAGCGGCAGAGGGAUUUCUUCCGCAUCAAACUGAAGAAAAAGAAGAAGAAGAAAAGGAAGUCGAAGUCAGGUGAAGACAGCAGCAGUGAUUUGUCCUCAGACAGUCCUGUAUGGAGUGAGGACGAGUCUGACGCUGAGCUGGAUCUGAACGUGCCCCUCUCAGAGCAGGGUGUGGAAACGGUCACUCACGGCUCUGAGAUCGUACGCUGUAUUUGUGAAGCGCAGGAGGAGAACGACUUCAUGAUACAGUGUGAUGAGUGUUUGUGCUGGCAGCAUGGGACGUGUAUGGGUCUGUAUGAGGACAGCGUGCCAGACAGCUACAGCUGUUACAUCUGCAGAGACCCACCAGCCCAGAGGCAGAGUCAAAGGUACUGGUAUGAUAAAGACUGGCUGAGCAGCGGUCACAUGUAUGGCUUGUCUUUCCUGGAGGAGAACUACUCCCACCAGAACAGUAAGAAAGUGGUAGCCGCCCAUCAGCUUCUGGGGGACGUCCACCGUGUGUUUGAGGUCCUGAACGGCCUUCAGCUCAAAAUGAGCAUCCUACAGACACAAGCCCAUCCAGAUCUGAAGUUCUGGCGGCAGCCCUGGAAACCUGCAGACAGCCUACGGAGGAAGAUGGCAGGUGACUCGGGCAUAGCUACUCCCUUCCCCUCCUCACCCCUUGAAAUGGGAGUGAAUGAGUUUGAGACAUUGAAAAGCGAAGUCCCAUCACCUGUGGAGACGCAUUGCUCUUUUCAGGACUCGUACAUUAGCAGCGAGCACUGCUACCAGAAGCCCCGUACGUACUACCCGGCGGUGGAGAGAAGACUUGUGGUGGAGACACGUUGCGGUUCUGAGCUGGAGGACAGUCUUAGGAGCACAGAGGACCUACUAGAGAUGGCCGAGCAGAGGUACGGCACACCACUGGACCACGAUCAGCACAAGCUUCAGCUGACCGAAAGCUCCUUUAGUAAGGAGCUGGAGAGCCGUAUGAAACAACUGGUUUCCGCAGAGCAGGAAAAGAGUUGUGUGGUAGAAAUCAAGGAAGAGGAGCCUGACCCUGUGACCCCUGACCCAAAGCCUGACCCUGACCUUGUGCUGCACCAGCAGUGGCAGCUGAACCUGCUGGAGCACAUUGAAGCAGUGCAGGACGAGGUGACACACAGGAUGGACCUUAUCGAGCGAGAACUAGACGUGCUGGAGAGUUGGCUAGACUACACAGGUGAGCUGGAACCUCCAGAUCCGCUGGCACGCCUCCCUCAGCUGAAACAUCGCAUCAGACAGCUCCUGACUGACCUGGGAACAGUCCAGCAGAUCGCACUCUGCUCCUCGUCCUCUUGAGGGCGCCAGAGAACAUACAAAUGGCUCACACUCAGUUGAAUACACACAGAGUCCCUUGAGGUCUGAUUAGAAACUGCUGAAAUGCUUACAUGUGCCUGUUUUGUGAGAGGAUACCCUUAAAUGAUUCCAGCUAACACUGAUGUGACAGUGGCACAUGCAUGUUGGAGUCAGCAGGUUAACAGUAGUCACCGGUUAGAAAAAACUGAUGAAACCUGAGGCUAACAAUACCUGAUGCAAACAAUUUUUUUUUAUUUUUUUUUGUGGAAUAUAAUGCUUCACAGUAGCACUUAGCUAUGUCUAUCAUAGACUUAGGAAGUAUUUUAUUAUUGUUUUAUUAUGUAAUUUCCUCUGUAUUCUUCACAUGCUAAAUAAUUAUUUUAUGUUAGUUCAUAAGUGAUCAUUUUGAACUCUCUUGGCACGUCUUUGCUCUGGGUGAAAAAAAAAGCUUAAGGACCCAAAUGGUAUUUUGCUGUGAAAAAAAAAUGUUAAAUAUGAGUAUAACAAUAUGAAAAUAUAUUUUAAUCUGCAAGUACGUGCAUUUUAAUUCUAUAUUUGUACUAAAAAGUAAUCUUGUAAAUAACCCAACCAACUGCUUAAAUUCAUGUUCUUUUUUAUUUCUGAUCUAAACUGUUGCAUUUACAGUAAAGACUUCCUGUAUACUCUGAUCUGUUGUGAAUACUGUAGUUGUGGGCUUUCUGCCUAUAACCCUCUAAUUUUUGACACAAUUGAUGUUGCUUGCAUUUCAAAUCAGUGAACUUUGUUUCCACUGGUUAAACAACUUUAAACAAGCACAGAAUGUUGUGCUCUUGCAUACUGAAUUUUUGUAUGCAUUCCCCCCCCCCAUGUUUCUGAUACUGUGUUCUGUAAAUUUUUCUGUUACUUUCAAGUCUACAAGAUUGUUUUUGUUUAAGACAUUACAGUAGAUGGAUUUAAGUUAUUGUAAUUGUGAAUUUAAGUUAUUGAUUCUGCCACCUUUUUACGUCUGUCUGUUGGUUUUCUUUUAUACGGUGCGGGUCUGAGUAUUGUAUGGUCAGGAAGAGAACGAGAGGAAAGGCUGGGAUCUCACCCUGUGCUGUUAUUUUGUUUGUUUGUUUGUUUUCCCCUAGACUAUUACUGUUAAACAAAUAAACUGUGCCUGAUAUAUUAUUUCAGGCCAGUCUGAGUGUCCUUCACCCUCAAAUACACAAACUACAUUUGUUAUAGGUCUGUGCGUUUAUAAAAACCUGCUGAAAGGUGUUUGGGGGGUUUGUGUUUUGUCCUUAGCUUUCUCUGUACAGCUAGUGUUUGACAGUCCAUUGAUUGUUUCUCAGUAUUGUGUAUAAUAUUUUUUUUUACAUCUGCCCUGUUGCUUUACAGUCAUUGAAAAUCUAGUUAUGAUUUACAAGUAUUGCAGUCUGCUUUUUUUUUUUCUUUCUCUCAUUGUAUGUUACAUAGUACUUUUUAUUUUAGGAUCCCCUGGGAAUCUAUAAUGAGUUUUGAAAAAUAUACACAUAAUCCAAAUGCAAGGAAAUAAAUGCAGACAUUUAAACUCCAA